AUGGAGGGACAUGGGACGGAAGUUCAGACCGGGCGCACAUCUCCUCCAUCCGGUCCCUUUGGUUACUCCUUUCUCUCUCCUAUGGACACUCCCUUUGAACAGGCACCUGCUCUUCCCCCAGGACCGUCUCUUCUUGAUGAUAAUGAAUCGAACAUGCUCGACAACUUUUUUACCACCAUGAAUGCGAAUCAUUUUACGAAUGACUUCUGGAUGCGCCAAGAACACAAACCCGGGGUCCCCAAUUUCGAAUGGUCAGCUGAGCUACCUCCAAAUUUCGAAGGAUCAACUACCUCACUUUCACAACCAACGUUUCAGCAACAUGGGCUAGGAAAAUCAGCAGGGGGGCUGAUGGUAGGAAAUCCCGCAGGCUCGGAUAUCUUUGCCGCAGCGUCUAUGCUCUACCAGAGUGGUCUCAACGGGUCAGAGUUGGGUUCCUCGUUGGCACAACAAGCCUUUGCGGGCCAUAUACUUCCUCAAAAUGGGGCGCAACCUCGAAAUCACUCACAUACUGGAAUACCUAUUCAUGAUUCAGCAUCGUCUGCAUCCCGAGCUGACGUUCCAACUGGAUAUCAUACCUCAGAGAUGUUCUUUGACGUCCGCGACCCUAUUCCUGCAGAUCAGCAUCCAUCAAGAAAAGUCCGAAGUCUACGUUGGGGCUCAGAUGCUAGUUUCAUGGAUCAAGGGUAUCUUCGUCCACCCGAUCAGCCCGAUGAAGAGCAGCGCACAAAUGAUUUACUUGAUCACCUCGGAUGCUUUGAAACGCAAAAUAGUGCAGCCAAUACACGGCCACCCAGCCCUGAACGGAUGAUAGGAGCACCCCCUUCCCGGCCUUCCUUCCACGGUGCUGCUGUGCCAGAGGAGAGUUCACAACCUCGAAAAAGGUCAAGGGUUGUCAAGGAGGAGGAAGAUUACUCCGAUGAAGACGAUGGGAGACCCUCAUCGAGAAAAUCCAGAGGAUCAAUCAGCAAAGCCCGAAGGGUAUCAACGGAUAUGUCUAGAAAAGCCCGGCUGCAACAAGGGCCCAAGGCCGCACGAGAGAAUCUCACCGAAGAGCAAAAGAGAACCAACCACAUCUUGUCCGAGCAAAAGCGCCGAAAUCUCAUUCGCCAAGGCUUCGAAGAUCUUUGCAUCUUAGUCCCUGGUCUAAGAGGCGGUGGAUUCAGCAAAAGCGCCAUGCUUACCGGAGCUGCCGACUGGCUGGAAGACCUUCUCCGAGGCAAUGAGAUACUUCAAGGGCAACUACAUGAUUUGAAGAGCAUUAAUGGUUUGGUUAUGCCGCGAUGA